AUGUCUUUAGCUGCUGCCUUCAAGAAAUUCACUAACGAAAAAUCCUCUAUGGAUGUCAAGAUAUACUUGUCUGUUUUAAAAGAAAGUGGUGUCCUCAAUUACAAAGUCUAAGCUGACCUCGCUGAAAACUUCUUCAACACCAUUAAAAAUAAUCCUAACUUAAGAGGUAUUAGCUAUCCAUAAUUCGAAUAAUGCUUAUCUCAAAUUGCUUUGAAGAAUGCAUAAACUAAGCAAUUAGUUGAAGGAAUGGUCCUUGAAUAUAGUAAAAAGUUAGGAGCUAAAAAGUCUGAUCCUAACAGAUUCUUCUACGACAAGAGCACCUAUACCGGAGUUCAUAACAAUGGCGGUCCUUCAACUAUUGAUAACAAUGGUAUCUCUCAUCUUUCAUAACUUUGUGAUAGAUCUGGUGCUAAUGUUAGAGGAGUCAAAUUCUGA